UUAUUAGUUCUUCAGCGCUCGGCGGAGAACGAACGGAGAGAGAAACGAGCGGCGUGUGUGCGUGGUGUGGCGGCGGUGGUUUGCGCGUCUGCAACCCUCCCCCUGUGGUCCAGACCCCCCCUUGUCAACUGGGUUAAUUCAUCCCGAGACGGCGAAGAGACGCGCGAAUUUUUCACGAGGAACCGCGCGAGGUACGAAUAUCAGUGUUAUCGGCGACGCGGUAUCGAUAAGAGUCGAACGGAAGUCAAACACGGAUUGCCUUCCGCGCCAAGUAUCGCAUAACAUCGAGUGACUCCGGAAUAUCCAACAGUGCGAGACAGUUUGACAGAUCGGGUUGCUCAUCCGGUCUCGAGUGUCCGGCCUUGGGAGUUACGUCUUAAAUGUCAAAUAAUAACGACGACAAGUGCCGGAAAUCCGCGGCAGAAAAAAGGGGACCACAACAGUCGCCGAUCGGUGUUAAGCGGUGGUGUUAGUCGCGCGGAUUCGCGGUCGGGUGAUAGUGACAGUUGGCGAACGUGAGAGUGUACCGCGACGUGUCUCUCGCCGGAAAAGAGACAGAGUCCUCUCGCACCUUCUCGCCGCUCUUCUGGUCCCGCUCGGGAAACCGAUCGUACCUGAAGAGGCGUAUCCUUAGCGCACCGGAUAUCUAAGUGAUCGGAAUGCUACUGUGUCAGUGAAGGUCGGUGAUCGGGUGUGCUCGUGAAAGGAAGAGAGGGGUCGGGGGUGAGAAAAGCUCUGGGGUGGGUUGGUAAAAGUGUAACACGGCACGAGAGUGAGAAGGGUUUCGUUCGCGCGAACGAAACGGGAAAACGGUGGUCCUAGCCGGUCUUGUGGCAUGAUCGGGAGAAAAGGUGGAGAGGCAUGAUGCUCACGAUACAGCGCACGGAGUCGUUGAGAAGGGGAGAAGGCUGCAACCCUCCCGGCACGCAUUUGCUACCUCCCGUCGCGUCCGAGGCUUCCGUUUCCGAGUGGAAGCCCGCCGAGAGGAGCGUCUCUUUCAAUCGAGACGUCCACGUGAAGAGGAUCGGACGUGGCACACCGCGCGUAACCGCGGCUCUCGUGGGCGAUGGAGAAGGUAGGUUGACCGCCACCCCGGUCCGUAAGGAGAGCAUCGCCGCGAGAAGCAAGGAGGAUCUCGCACAGGAGGCGGCUCUGGUCCUGCAGCAAGCGGACAGUCUUCAGUGCGUGGCGCGCGACAACCGGCGCAAUCUGCCCGGUCGCUUCAGCACCCUACCGGCGCGUCGCAACAAGAAACGUCCCGAAUUGCCGAUCGAUGUGAGACCGCGACGCAGCAGCGAGGAGAUCGGCGCCACGACCGCGAGCGCGGACCUCGGCACUCCGCGCGCCAGGAAGAAGCCAUUGGAAAGAAGUGUGAGCGAUGCUAGCGCGAAGAAGCUGAAGGGCUCGCUCGCGCGCUUCUUCUCGCCGAAGUCGGAGAGACGCGGGAAGCCGGUCGGCCGGAGCGCGAGCGACGCCGGCGCUUGGACGCGCAGCGGCAAACGUAGCGGUAGCGAAAGCGAGGGCUCGCACUUGAGCGUCGUUAGUCAGCGAGUGAAAAAGCAGCUGUCGCCGAUAAUCGAGACGUCGCCGCACGUCGAUCAACAGCCGUUCCACUUCGGCACCGCGAGCGCGGAUCGCGAGAAUAAUAACCGACCCGUGCCGAAGAAAGCGAAGAAGCAAGAAGAGCGGACGAGUCCGACUAUCGAUGUCGACGACGUGAUAUCGCGCAACAUCGAGACGAGCGAGACGACGAUCGAGGAGACGACCAAAGUGCGCGACGAGCUUGCCGGCAGAUCGCCCAGCAGAGAGGCCAAAGUGAUCGAACACCACAUCUUCGUCGAGGGCCGGGACGACGAAGAAAAGAACGAAACGGAUCGGAAGGCCAAAGGAGCCAGCCGUGCUCCUUCACCCCCGAAAGAAUUCAAGCAAGGGCGAGACGAAGUGGACAACGCGGGCGCGAAUAGCAUGCUGCACAGCAGCCGCUACGAUCAUCAGCAACGCAAAGAAGAAUCCACCAUUCACAAGAUGAUUCACCGACUAUCGAACGACCGUUCGCCGCCACCGCAGCUGACGAGAACGAUGGUUUCGCCGUCGCCGGGCUUCGGUCACAACAACAACCGACCGUUUUCCUACACUCGUCCGAACGAUUCCUGCAGCCCGCCUCCGCCGUCGCCGGCGCAGACCAAUGUCAUCUACGCGCAAGUGCAGCCGGAUAAGAAGAAAGCGCAGCGCAGUCAUUCCGACAGCGACGAGGGCCUCGGUCUCGAGAGGAAAGACUCCUCGCGCGAAAACAGCCCGGCGGAGAAGGAGUAUCGCAGGACCGACUAUUCGUACAGCAACGACUUGCGUCGCAACAACGAAAUCAACGCCUUCAAAUCGAGAUACGAGGAGGACCGCAAGAAUGGCAGUCCCUUCGGCAAGAAUUUGGGCGGCACGAAGGACUUCAUCAGGACGACUGAAGUCACGAGGCGUCACGAGUUCGACGAGAUCGACAGACGUCUCUACGACAAGCCCGAGAAAUUCACAUCGACUGUAUUCGUGGAUACUUCCGGCCGCGGCAGAGCCGACGGCAUGGAUGCUCGCCGUAGAGACAGCGGCGAGCUGUCAUCGCGGCAGAAUGAUAGCGGAAUCUCACGCAAAACGUCCGAAUUGAGCGCGCGGCGGGAUCUAUUGGAAUCCAGAAUUAAAUCUCGGCUCCUGGCCGACGAAAUGUUCGCCGCCAAGAACGGCAACACCACUCACAUACCGAUAAAAAAAUCGAGCGAGCACGAGAUCAUCGACAAGCCGAUCGUGCCGUCGCCGGUCACGCCGAAUCGGAUCGCGUCGCCGAAACGCUACAUGGACACCUACAUCACGGAGACGCGCACCAACAGCAACGGCGAAAAGUACAUCUUCGAGAAGGAAAUACACGAGGACAACGGCAAGGUUUACGGCUACGAGAAAAAGAUCAACAAAAUUCCGACGAAUGGUUACAUCGACGCGAAGCCGCGGGACGGUUACACCGUGGAGACGAAAACGGACAAAUACGGCGACAAGUAUAUCGUAGAAACACGCACGCACGAGGGUUACGCCGACAAUUUCAAGCCGUUCCUGAGCGACCGGAGCCGCAGCAGCCCCGAAGAGAGAUUGCAGAAUAUUCGAAACGGCGGCAGCCCGCCGUAUAAAUCGUCGCAUUACCUGCCAGAGUCGCGAGAGAACGACGAGCUGUCGUCGCCGAUCAUCGCGAAGAAGCUGAAUGAGCGCAAGUUUUCGAAGAGCGAGGAUUUUCUGGACCGCGACAACCGGCCGAUCGGCCGUGACGCCUAUCUGCCGAAAACGAAGAAACCCUUCGAAUCGAUCCGCGGUAUGAGCAAGUCGACGCAGCGGCUGGACGAGGUCGGCGAGAACGCCAGGGUGCGCGCGCUCAGAAGCGAAUACACCACGCGGUCGCAUGAAAAUCUGAGCAGCCGGCCGGAUUACAUAAACGCGCGAGAUAUGAGACGCUCAACCGCAUUGUUGAGCAGUCCGACGAUAAACGGACGCAGGGAGCGAUCGCCGUUCGCCAAGCGUCACCUGGACAGCCUGCGCGAGGGCCCGAACGACGAUUACGAUACCGACAUCUCGCAGAUGACGAGCAGCCAACUGGAAUCCAAGUAUUACACCAAGGAGACGCGCACUACGCAGAGAUACACGAGCGGCAACAAGCACCCGAUCCACGAUGACUACGACAGCUCGCCGCCGCGAAUACGCACCGACCGGUGCGGCGGAUACAACUCCAGCCGAUACGACUCGGACACCACAGCGCGCGACUCGAUCCAUUGCGAGACGCGCUACGACGAGACGCGUAACGCGAGAAAGGAGCACCGCAAGCUAGACGACGACCCGAAGAAGCCGCUUAGACGAUCGCGCAACCGAUUGGACUACUUCGACGACUCUGACAGUCCGCGAGGAAAGGUGUCUUCGGUUAGUCGAUUGGAGACCUUCAAUGAGAGUCCAACCAGACCGCCCAGAACCUAUCACGAGGGCAAGUCGCGGCACGCGCGACAGGAAGUGCGCGGGCACGUCGAGCGCCGUCAUCGCGAGACCAGGCUGAGCGAUCCGGAUCGCAAGGACCGACUGGCCGAUUCCGGAAUCGAGAACGAUUAUAGACGCGAUUCGCAGGAGGCGGACAGGCGCGAGCAGCUCGAAUCCGAAGACGAAGGCUUUGUCAGCCGGCAAUUCAUCAAGCACGAGCGACGGCACACCGAUCGCAAUAUGAACCUGACGACGCCCACGUCCGAGCAGCGCAAGUACGACAAGUACGCGAACGGCGACGCGUCGUCGAAGCCGCCGCUGGUCACCGCGAAGCCGCCCACCGGCGCCGCCGACAAGAAGUACGAGAAGAAGGCGGCGAAGAAGAGCGGCACCAUGAGCAAGGUCAAACAGCUGUUCAGCAAGAAGGAGAAGAAAGCGAAGGAGGAGAAGAGCAAGAAAGGCGCGAGGAGCGGCAGCAGCGGUGCCUUGACCGACGACGAGGUGACUAUGAGGUAUCGAGAGUACCGCGGCGAUCAGCUGAGGAGCGCCAAGAGCGCGCGCGAUUUGGGCAGCGACAUCAAUCAGGAGGAUUACAGUCAACGCAGACGUUUAUCGACACCGAGCGGCAGCCCGAGCCCGCCCAGACCGACCAGACUCUCGAGAUCUACCGGCACUCUUACCAGAGAGGAAGAGUCCUUCUGCGCGUCUAGUAACACCCUCACCAGGGACAACCAGGGCCAAGAGGCGGAGAGGAAAGGCUGGUUCAAGUCUCUCUCGAGGAAGAACAAAUCCAAUGCCACGCCGGUGGAUAAAAAGCCGAGAAUACCCGAGAGCGAGAUCUUGACGACCGGCACCGAGGAUGAGGAAGCUUCCUCCGCGCCCGAACGAGUUUCCGUGCAAAAGAAUCUCCGCUUCUUCGGCGAUACGGAUCAGGAGUCCGUCUCGUCCAACAGAGACCGCAGAAGCAAACGAGUUGACGACCACGCUUGCGCAAGGCGUGAUGUCACGAGUUCGAACCGUUUGGGUAUCAUGUCCCCCAGGAAACCUUCAAGACUCGCUGAAAGCGCGUUGUCCUCGGGCGAGAGUACAACGGGAGACAGCAGCCAGCAAAGUCAAAACUCUCAGAGAUCGCAGAGAUCUGUCGUGUAUCUCCACGCUGCUACUGUCGGCGAAAUACCAGGCCCGAACGAACGACGCAGGGCGGCGAGUCGCGAGGAGUUAAAUCGGCCAUUGCAAUCGCAUACGAGAACGGUGUCGAGGAGCGUGAGCGUCCUUGCACCGUGGAAGCCGCGACACUACAGGGAACCGUUCGAGAUCAACUACGAUCAGCAACAACACGCGAAACCGAUAACGACCAUGAGACGUAGGCAACGAAGCCGCGAAACUCUCAGUCGCCGAGGGAAGGAAGCUCGGCGAAGCAAAGAUAAUCUUUCCAAGACAAGUACGAUCAACCGUAGCACAUUGAAAUCGAAAGACAAGCAGAAAGUGGAUAGAACCGUCUCCACGGAAUCACUGGCUACCAAAUCGCGGAUUUUGGGUAAACCGGAAUUGAGCAGAUCUACAUCCGUACCACGGGAUCCGAAUAAAAGUGCGGGAUGGUUCAAGCUGAAGAGCAAGAAGUCCCGCGCCUAAAUUGGGCGGCCAUUGAUCAAUGCUAGUCUCGAGUUUCAUAAGUGUAAUUCCUAAUCUCGUAGGCGAUUUUAGGCGCCAAUAUCCGGCGCGCGCUGAUUAAUAACGACGCGAUUUAUCAAUAAUACACACCGUUCUUAUAUACUUUUUAACGUACACGUCGCAAGCGACAACCGCGAUCGCGCCGAUUUUUAAUUCUUUAACCGAGUAGCGCAUACAUAUAGUUGCAGCAACGACAUGUUAAAUUGCUGUUAAAAUGUUGACCGCGAAUUAAUGGAAUUACGUUGUAAGAAAUAACAGAAUAAACAAUUAUCCAAAUACACACAGGCACACGUGAAGUUGCGAAUUUAAGUUGCUCGUCAAUUAAUAUUAUUAUAUCUUACACAUUAAAUAAAUAACACUCUUUGUAACAGAUUGCAAAAAAAAAUACGGUUGAAUAUAAAAUCUUGAAGUA